UGGUGUUCUUUGUUUUGAAAAGAAUAAGAUGAGUGAUGUGCGAGAUAUAUUGGAUUUGGAUGAUGGGAGAUCGUCAACUCCCAAACCACUAACAAAAGAGGAAAUAUUAGGAACUGAAAAAAUGAGACCUAAGAGAUUAAUUGAUUCCACAUUCAAGAGACCAGAAGGCAUGCAUAGAGAAGUAUAUGCACUUUUAUAUUCAGAUAAUAAGGAUGCACCUCCACUAAUUCCAAGUGAUACAUCUCAAGGCUACAAACAAAUGAAAGCUAAACUAGGUCGUAGUAAAGUCCGUCCCUGGAAGUGGAUGCCAUUUACUAAUUCAGCAAGAAAGGAUGGCGCAAUAUUUUAUCACUGGAGAAGAUCGGCUGAUGAAGGAAAAGACUACCCAUUUGGUAGAUUCAACAAGACUGUCCAGGUUCCGGUUUACUCUGAUCAGGAGUACCAGAUGCAUCUUCAUGAUGAGACAUGGACCAGACAGGAGACUGAUCAUUUAUUUGAUUUAUGUAGAAGAUUUGAUCUAAGAUGGUUUGUGAUCAAUGAUAGAUUUGAUCACAAUCAGUAUCAG